GACAACACGGGCUACGGGCUGCCACAGCUCUUCAUUGGGUCCGAGGGCACACUAGGCGUGAUUACCAAGCUCACAAUCCUGUGCCCUCCGCGGCCAAAGGCCAUCAAUAUCGCCUUCUUUGCAUGCUCCGACUUUGAGAAUGUCCAGCGCACCUUCGCGCUGGCGCGUCAGAACCUCGGCGAGGUGCUCUCUGCUGUAGAGUUCUGCGACCGAGCAGCGAUUGACUUCGUGCUGAAGCGGGAAGCUGGAACAGGGGUGCGCGACCCCUUGGAGGAGACGCAUCCCUUUUAUGUGCUCAUAGAAACUUCCGGGUCGGACGGCGACCAUGAUGCAGCGAAGCUCCACAGGUUCCUGGAGGCCGUCAUGUCUGGAGAUGGCGAUCCGGCUGUGCGUGAUGGCGUGGUGGCAGCAGACGAGACACAGGCCCGUGCCAUUUGGAGGCUUCGCGAAGGCGUCAGUGAUGCGAUGACAACGGCAGGUUAUGUGUACAAAUACGACGUAUCGCUGCCACUUCCGCGCAUGUAUGAGCUGGUCGAAGACACGCGGGCAAGGCUCCGAGAUGCAGGUGUGGAGGAGUCGGCCAAAACUGCCGGAUAUGGGCAUCUAGGUGAUGCGAAUCUCCACCUGAAUGUGACUUCGCUGACCGGUCGGGACGACAAGGUCCUGGAUCUCUUGGAGCCGUGGCUUUUUGAGUGGGUGGCGAAGGCCAGCGGCAGCAUCAGUGCGGAGCAUGGCAUCGGCCAAUGCAAGCCUCAUUUCCUACACCUCAGCAAGGCAGAUAGCGCCGUCGAUCUGAUGAAGACGCUGAAAGCCACUUUGGAUCCGCAGGGCAUUUUGAAUCCCUACAAGGUCCUGGUGUAA